AUGUCCGAAGACGAAGACGUGGCUGCCGAGUGGACCGCCGUGGAAAGAAUCUGCGAGACAGGUAGUUUUGGCGAUAGCACCCUGGUGGCCCAAAGGCUGCACAAAACCUUCGGUGAGCUGCAGGCUGUGAGAGAACUCUCGUUCGCCCUACGACCGGCUGAAUGCUUCGGCCUGCUGGGAGUCAACGGAGCCGGAAAGACCACAACGUUCCGAAUGCUGACCGGCCUCACCCGCAUGACGUACGGGGAAGCCUUCAUGAGGGAUGCAGUGUUGUCCAAGGAUCCUCGGAAGUGGCAAUCCAGGAUUGGCUACUGCCCUCAAGGUAACGCACUGCUAGGAAAGCUGACCGCUUACGAGAGCCUCUACCUGUUCGGUCGGCUGCGAGGUGUACCCGAAGAGACCUUGCCAGAUGCAGUAGAGAACAUCAUUGAAACGGCAGACCUACGUGAGCAUGCAGCCAAGAGGUGCGAGUAUUACAGGUACGUCUUGCCAGGAUUUAUGUUGAAGACACUGAACGCAGUUAAGGAUAACUACGAAUAA